AUGGUCGUAUUUGGGUUCUUUUGCAUAAAUACCUGGCUUGUUCUGUCAUCUCUACGUAUGAUCAGAGUGUUUCGAUUAAGGGCUCUUUUUGAGGGACAGAGCUUUUGUGUCACUGCAGUGUAUGGAUUGAAUGAUGGUAAUGCUCGGAGACACCUAUGGAACCAAUUAAUCUCCUUGGAUAUUGUCAACCUUCCAUGGCUGAUUGGGGGCGAUUUUAAUAUCAUUUUGAACCCUGAGGAGAGCUCGGGUAGCAUCAAUGCUUCUACUCUAGCUGAUAUCUUGGACUUUCGGAGCUGUGUGGAAAACCUGGGGGUUUUUGACCACCCGUUCACUGGUCCCUUACUUACAUGGUCAAAUAAGCAGCAGGAUUCGUAUUUAGCUUGCAAGCUGGACCGAGUCCUGGUGAACUCUGCUUGGAUUGAUGAUUUUCCUAAAUCCGAUGUGGAGUUCCUCGCCCCGGGGGAUUCUGACCACUGCCCUGCUGUAGUGUGGCUCCGGAAAGCAGCCCCUGUGACUAGGCCUAAACCGUUUCGGUUCUUUAAUUUUUGGGCUCUGCACCCGCACUUUUUAGCCAUCGUUAGGGAUUUUUGGCAGGUUCCAGUGGAGGGUAAUCCUGCCCAAGUACUUUUUCAAAAGCUUAAACGGUUAAAAUGUCCUCUCAGAUAUCUCAACAAAAGCCACUUCAAUGACAUCUCCAAUCAGGUGAAACUAAAAAGAGAGGAGCUGAUGCGUAUUCAACUUGCAAAUCUUUCUGCUGGCAGUAUUGUCAACGAUGAAAUACAAGCUGAAAGGGAGCUUCAUUCCCUUGAAGAAGCUGAGAUGCUUUUUUAUAAGCAAAAGGCUAAAGUCAGUUGGAUAAAUGAGGGUGAUCAAGGUACUCGCUUCUUUCAUUCGGUGGUGGCUAGCAAAAGGAAAAGUAGUACGAUAAGGGUUCUUUUUUAUCAAUCUGGUACUAGGCUCGACACUUUCGAUGAUAUGGCAAAUGAGGUGAUCAAAUUCUUUCAGUAUCAGUUGGGUACGACCGAUGCAAAUGUAAAGGGCUGUAGCACAGCUACAAUUAAAGAUCUCCUCAAUUACUCCCUUCCCCUGGGUGCUGACACUGUUUUAUGUCGUGAUAUCUCUAACGUGGAGAUUCGGGAAGCCUUAUGGGGACAGGGAAACGACAAGUCCCCUGGACCUGACGGUUAUAAUCCUUUUUUUUAUAAGGUUGCUUGGCCCAUUAUUGGAGUUGAUUUUACAACUGCUGUUAGGUAUUGCUUCGAAAACUCUUUCAUUCUUCCUGUUUUUAACUCCACAGCUGUUGUCCUUGUUCCCAAAGUGCCAAAUCCUAGCUUAGUCAAAGAUUUCAGGCCUAUUUCUUGUUGCACUGUGAUUUAUAAGACCAUCACCAGGAUCUUGGUUAAGCGUUUGUCUGCUAUGUUCCCCGACAUGGUAACCAAAAACCAAACUGCUUUCGUUAAAGGGAGAAGCAUUGUUGACAACACCCUCCUUGCCUAA